ACCCUCUGACUCUGAGCGGCAACGUGUGAGUGGAUCGAGUGCCUGUCGACGGGAUCGACCUGAAACUGUGUGUUUUGCUGGCUGGUGUACCGGAACCGUCCUGAAGUUAGAACCGUUGGUCUGCUCCAGUGGCUUUGGUUGUCUGUGACUUUUCUCUUCUGCGGAGCCUGGAGUGAGGCGAGUUUCUUCCGACGCGGGAUACUGAGCAGAUAAGUCCUUGGCCCUGUUUUUGUCGAUGCGCCCGUGGUUUCAGUUCGCCUGUUGUAAUUAAGAAAUAAUAUAUAUUUUUUUUUUCCUUUUUCUCUCUAUGAUCUAACUUUGGUUUUUGUUAGUGAUAGUUAGACUGUAAGUAGUAUUUAAUAGUCUGUGUGAUGGAGACGAGGUUGACUCUAACCGCCCAGUUCAUCAGUGACGGCCGUGCUCUCGGGUAUGAUGGUGAGAGGUUGGAGAGGUAUGUGGCAGAGCAGAAGGUUGAAUACGAGAGAGCCAAGAAGGAGGAGUUUGAACGAGAGACGGCUAGGCUUGAGCGAGAGGAGAGAUUGAGAAAAGAGGCGCAGGCUGAGGAGAAAGCCAGACUUGAGCGUAAAGAGAGGUUGAGAAGAGAGGCGAAGGUGGAGGAAGAGAGGUUGAGAAAAGAGGCGAAGGCGGAGGAAGAGAGGUUGAGAAGAGAGGCGAAGGCGGAGGAAGAGAGGUUGAGAAGAGAGGCGAAGGCGGAGGAAGAGAGGUUGAGAAAAGAGGCGAAGGCGGAGGAAGAGAGGUUGAGAAGAGAGGCGAAGUUGGAGGAAGAGAGGUUGAGAAAAGAGGCGAAGGCGGAGGAAGAGAGGUUGAGAAAAGAGGCGAAGGCGGAGGAAGAGAGGUUGAGAAGAGAGGCGAAGGCGGAGGAAGAGAGGUUGAGAAAAGAGGCGAAGGCGGAGGAAGAGAGGUUGAGAAGAGAGGCGAAGGCGGAGGAAGAGAGAUUGAGAAAAGAGGCGAAGGCGGAGGAAGAGAGGUUGAGAAAAGAGGCGAAGGCGGAUGAAGCCGCUAGACAUGAACGGGAGGAGAAGGCCAGGCGUGAGGAACACGAGAGGUGGAAGGAGAGAGAUGCUAGAGAGGAGCUCAAGAGAAAAGAUGAACUGGAGUUGGCACGGCUUAAAGAGAAGUCGGCGCCAGAGGCAGGUGCAGUGGUAGGUCAGGCAGUUGAGGUGCGACAAAAGAGUGUCUUGGACAGGCUGGACAAGAACUUCCAAGGCAUGAAGGAAGAAGACGAUCUUCUGGCGUACCUGACGCACUUCGAGGCCGUAGCAGCAAGGUGUAAGAUUGAGAGUAAAGAGUGGGCCCUACUGUUGUCCUACAAGCUGACGACAUCGCUCAAAAACUUUAUGUUGAGGGACAGUCUGUUCCUUAGCGACAAGUAUGAGGAUGUCAAAAUGGCACUUCUCCGCCAAGCAGACAUCAAUGCGGAGACAUGCCGCAAAAGAUUCCACCGGGUCAAACCACGGCAGAAUGACUUCCAUGGGUAUGUGACUGAGCGGAGGACCGCGCUGGACAACUGGUGCAAAAUGGCCGAGGUAGGAAAGACAGUAGAUGAGAUCAAAGAUCUCUUGAUUAAAGACGGGAUACUUGAGAAUGUUUCAGGGGAGGUCUAUCGACAACUUGUUUUAAACAAGCAAAACACUGUGGAGAACAUGUUAGACAUUAUAGAGGGGUUUAAAGUCGCAAAUUCGGGGGCGUCGCUUGCUAAAGAAGAAAGUGUUUAUGUGGCGGCGGCGUGUGGCGAAGCAGUGAAUCGUGGCCCGGCCGUUGGAAGAAAAGUGAUUGUUUGCUUCGGGUGUGGCAUGAAAGGCCACAAGUCAGUUGAAUGCCCUCAACGUUCGCCGGUAGCUAACUCCACCCCUGUUGCGGAUGGAAGGUCUAAGAAAGCACCCGCAACCCCUGCAAACUCUCACACAAAUAGAAAUGUUUCAUUGGGGCGUUAUCGGAGGCAAUUUGAUGGUAGUGGGCGCAGAAUCCGCGGCACGAGCACGAGACGACAAAAUUAUGACGUGGAGGGGCGUCCGCCUGAUAACGGAUACGGAAGGUCAUGAGGUACAGGGGCGUACGCACCGAGACCCAACUAUAACAACAGAACCUUUGGCCCACCGAUUAGAUACAGGUGACUGAGUGGUCCACAUGAUGUGCAAAAUUGUUGCAAUUAUUCCCUAGGAAAGGGUCUUGAUUUUUUUCCCCUUGUAAAAAAGAAACAUUAUCUUAUGCGGAUAAAUCGUUGCGUGACAGAUCGGUAGGCAAGUUGAAGUUUGAAAGUGGUAGAGUAAAUGGUAAAGUUGUGUCUGUGCUGAAAGAUUCUGGUUCAAGCGUGAUAGGUAUUAGGAGUUCGUUAGUUGGCAAGAAUGAUAUGAUUCCUGGAAGUUACAGGUUGAAACUAGUUGAUGGGACAGUGAGAGAUUACCCGUUAGCGUGCGUUUACAUUGAGACUGAAUAUAUUGUUGGUAAGUUUGUGGUAGCAUGUUUUAGGGAUCCAGUGACAGACCUAAUUAUUGGGAAUAUAGAUUUGAACGGUGGCAGUCAGCUUGGUUGUGCUGCUGUAACUAGGGCGAUGAAAGAGAGAGAAAAUGAUGACAGUGUUAUGAAUGACAGUGGAGUGCUGGAAGAUUGUCGUGAUGUUCUAGGUACGAGUGAUGACUUUUUACGGGAGCCAUUGAGUGAUCCGGCGUUAAAAGAUCUUUGGGAGCGGCAGGGAGAUAACUGUGUGGACAAUAAGCAGAAUGGAUGUGUAUAAUUUAAAGUAUUUGAUAGAUUGUUGUAUAGAGUAUUUAAGGGAGAAUGUGGUGAGGAAGAGAGACAGUUAGUUGUACCGUCGUCUAAGAGGGAGCUUGUGUUAAGAACGGCGCAUGAGAGUAUGCUAGCGGGUCACUUUUCAAUAAGGAAAACGAAAGGCAAAAUUUAUAAAUAUUUUUUUUGGCAAGGUUUAGACAGAGAUGUGAAAGAGUUUGUGAAAUCGUGUGAUGUGUGUCAGAAAGCUAGAACACCGCGUCGUUGUGACAGAGUGGAACUGGGUCGUAUGAAUGUGAUUUCCACCCCAUUUUUUAAGGUGGCCAUUGACAUUGUUGGCCCAUUGGAGCUAACAGAAAAUAAAAACAGGUUUAUUUUAACCUUGGUGGAUAUUGCUACAAGAUGGCCGGAGGCUAUUCCACUACGUAAUAUAAAUACAGAGACGGUAAUCGAGGUACUAACCACCAUAUUUAGCCGAAUCGGACUGCCUUGUGAAAUAUUGUCGGAUCAGGGGGGGUCAGUUUACCUCCGAACUGUAUAACCAGGUGUGUGAGUUCUUCUCAAUUAAACCGGUGCACUCUACUGUGUUCCACCCUUCCUCGAAUGGUCAAAUUGAGAGGCUAGGGACUAGGAUAGAAAGAUAACUGCCGCAUUAUUUGCAUUUAGGGAAGUUCCUAAUGAGACAACUGGUGUGUCUCCGUUUCAACUUGUUUAUGGUAGGCAAAUGAGGGGUCCGUUGUCUAUUUUAAAACGAGUUUUUACAAAUAGGGAAGAAGAAACGGAGUAUAAAAAUGUAUUUAGCUACCUAUUGGACUUGAAAGAAAGGUUGUCUGUCGUUACCGCUAUUGCUAGUGAGAAUGACCAAGUAAAUAAAAGUAAAUAUAAAUUCCAGUAUGACAAGUAUUCAUCCAAUCGGGACAUAGAGGCGGGAGAUUGUGUGUUGGUUUUAAAACCACAUAGAGAAAAUAAAUUGGCUGUAUUUUGGCAGGGCCCGUAUAAGGUUGUCAAAAAAAUGUCAAAGUUUAACUUUGUUGUACAGAAGGACGAGAAGCUGAAAAUGUACCAUAUUAAUAGGCUUAUGAAGUAUCAUUGUCGGAUAGGGAAAGUAGAUGAGGUAGUUAGUAUUAAUUCUAUUGGUGAUGAAAAUAAGUUUUUAUCAGCCAAUAUGGUGUCUGUCGUGAGUGACGAAGACGCAGAUACGGAAGGGUUGUCUAAGGAAGAUGCGCUGCCUAACAUUCCAACGUUGGAAGUUAGCCAGAAGUCAGACGGGAAUAUCUUGGCGCAGGUCAAAAUAAACCCCGAUCUUAGUUCUGUGCAGAGAAAUCAGGUUGAUGAUGUUCUAAAUGAGUUUAGGGGGGGAUGUCGUGCGCGCGUGAAGUUUUCUUUACAUUUAAUAUUGGUGUUUUAUCGUAUAGGAAGUAGUUUCUUUUUAGUGCGUUUGUUGUCUAGAAUAUUGUGUGUGUGUGUGUUUACGUCAUCCUUAGUUCCCUUAGUUCCCGCAAGAGAGAGAGAGCUUCUUUUGUGAGCUAGGUAGCUGGUCUGGUUGUUUGUUUCCCCCCUUGUAAGGGUACGUAAGUACAUAGUUUAUUAAGUUGGCUGAUCUUUCGGUACGGGUGUCGCUAUUGAAAUGUAGCGGUAUCGCUAGAUCUAGGUUUUCUUUUCGUUUCAGGGUGUUAGGCUUUGGGCUAUGGGAAAGUGUGUCGCCUUUCCGCCCUUGGAGUUGUGCCGUAACUAUUGUUGUUGAGGUGUAGGGAGUUGAGGUUACGUUGGGCGCCGAGAUGGAGUGUGAGCGUGAAGGCUGGGGAUACGGGACCAUCAUAUCAUACCCUACUUAAGCGACUAAACCCACCUGACAAUCACCCCCCCCCCUUUGUGCUCUAAAGCAAUUUUACCUAUCUGACGAAUGCACCUCAGUCGAGGGCAUCGAUAAGAUGCAUGAGAGACAUGUCCUAACUUGUCUUUAUUUAUCCGCAGCCUCCCUCAGGUGUCUGCCUAUUUAUUUAUUGGAUCAACGAUCUAUUUACCUGCAUCUGUGCUUAGUGCUAUUCAGCACUGCACUUGCCUACUGAGAUCUACCCAACUAUUUGUUUGGAUCACCUGCCUAUUAAUUUGGCAUUAUCUGCCUAUUUAUCGGAUCACUUGCCCAUUUGCUAUUGAGUAUCAUCUACUGCCUACGUGGAUCUACUCAACUCUACUACUUGGCGCUAUCGGAUAUUUGCCCGCCUAUUCGACAGCCCACCUGUCAACUUAUUAGGUGCGACGUCCCUAUAGGCCCAGAGUCUGUGAGAGACGUCAUAGCUACGCCAAACCCUCCGCAACUCACUGGACAUAAUGUUAACUACGCUGCCCACGGCAGAUCAGCUCUGCCCUCAGUACCACUUGUGCCCACGGUAGCCGGCCACCCGCCCUACUGUGCCCACUACCGAUAUCAAAACUUUGGAUUGAGACUCCACAAGGACUAUAUCACCGGCGUCCCUCUAUCCGCUAGAGCGCCACCUCCAGCUGCAGAACCUCAAGCCAGGAUCACAGCCAGCUGCGACAUCAACAGGACAACCAGCUAAGUUCAGAAGACAGAGUGACAUACUCUCUAAUUAAGUGCAAGAGUGAUAAUCAAAAUUAGUAUCAAUUAGAGAUAUAUGCAAACCCUCCCUCUUUUUAU